AUGGACUUGAGAAUCUACGGGCUGUCUAUCGCACAAACGCCAGAAUUUGAGAAUCUUAGGUAUGUAGGAGAAAAUCUCAACAGUUCCCAUAGGGGAUUCAUGCACACAUUAUUCAACAAGUAUUCAGCAGUAUUCAGCAACGGGGAGACUUCUGCCGUCCCUGUGCCCAGCAGAGGGCCACCACCCCCUUCAAUGAAUUCUGACGGAGCAGCUUCAAAUAUUACACAUUCCGAAACUACUAGAAUUCCUCCAACAAUUUUGUCAUUUGACGCCGAUCCCGGAACCUCUAAUGCUGCAGGCCAAUCACACGAAGAUACAGAGGAAGCAGAGCAAGGCGGAGACUGUACGGUCCUAGAAUUUGUCCUUGGAGAAGGUAAACCAAAUGAAAACGAUUCAGAGGCUCCGAUUGGCGUCUCAAAACAAAAGGCAGAAUCUGGGUUUUGUUACAUCUAUGCAUCCAUAGACGAUGAGGAUGUUUGUCCCACGUGCCUCGAAGGUGAUCAAUCGGUCAUGUUUUCAUCAAACUUUCUUAUUGUUUAG